AUGAGCUGGGCUGUGGAGGAAUGGAAAGAAGGCCUGCCUCCCAGAGUCCUUCAGAAGAUUCAUGAGCUGGAAAAUCAAGUAGAUAAGCUUAAAAAGGAGAGUCAGCAAAGACAAUUCCAGUUAGAGUGUUUGGAGGUAGCUUUGCAGAAACAGAAACAGAAGGUUGAAAAUGAAAAAAAAGAAGCUGCAACACUAAAAAGAGAGAACCAGAGCUUGAUGGAAUUGUGUGAUAGUCUUGAGAAAGCAAAACAGAAAAUCUCAAAUGAUCUUCAAGUAAAAAAAUCUCAAGUCAACAUUCAGUCAGGGCAGCUGAAUUCCAGCAAGAAAAGCAUCAAAAAGCUAGAACAAGAACUGAAAAGAUACAAAUGUGAGCUUGAGAGAAGUCAGCAAACAUUGAUUGCAGGAGACUCAUCAUUCAGUGGCACUCCACAGAAAAGUUUUACAGCUCCUUUAACACCAAUUCAAAGUCAUAAUGAUGCUAAGUUUGAAGAACUAGAAGAGAAAUGCAAGAAAGAAGUACAAGAAAGAAAAAAGCUAGAAUUAGAACUGAGAACCAUCCAGGUUAAGGAAAUAAAUCAGCCUCACCCUCAAAGUUGUUUGAGUCACAGGGAGAUUGCAUGGCAUCAGGCUUCCUCAUCUGUGUUUUCAUGGCAACGAGAAAAGACACCAUCAAAAAAUCAAGAAACACCUGCAAGGGGAAGUUAUACAACAUCCUCUUUUCCAUGGGAAACAAAUUCUAGUAUAAUGUUGGAGAAAAACAAGUUCAACAACUGUUUUUCUGAGAAUUGUAAUUCUUCACUCACGAUCCAGCUAACAGCACAGAACCAAGAGUUAAGUUCCACUGUUAAAGAAAUAGAACUGCAAGCUCAAGAAAAAGUGAAGAAAUCCCAUAUGAAUAAACAUCAAGAGACUGAACUGCAGCUGGACAGAAUGAAGUUGGAAUUAACAAAGAAGGAUAAAGUUCUCAGCAAAAACAGAGAAAAACUGACUCACAUAGGAACAGAACUUGAUCAAGCUACCACACAGGCCCAAAUGAUGGAACAAAAGGUGAAAAGAUUGUCAGAAGAACUGAAUCACCAAAGACAAAAUGCUGAGAGUGCUUGUGAGUCUUUGGAACAGAAAAUAAAGGAAAAGGAUGAGGAAUACCAACAGGAACUCUCUUGUCAGCAACAUUCCUUGCAAACACUGAAUCAGCAGUGCAACCAGAUAAGAAACAAACAGAAUCAGGAGCUAGAGCAAGCCAAAAAUGACUUCAAUGCUCUGCAGGCAGAGUUCUUACAGGUAAUGGCAGUGAAACAACACUUGGAACAUGAUACCAGUGAUCUCACCCAGAAGCUGUGCAGGGCAGAGCAGGCUUUAUUAGCAGCCCAGGCAAAGGAAAUUGAUUUGACAAGAAGCUUUGAGGAAGUGAAACAGGAGAAAAACCUUAUUGACUGUCAACUUGAAAAAAAAUUGCAAGAGAUCCACCAACUUCAAGAAGAAUUCAAUAUGAUCAGGCAGUCUCUAAAGCAGAGCCCAAAUUUUGCAGAAGGAAUGAAAAGUAAGAAUACUUCUCAGGAAGCAGAGCUGAAGUUACUGGGAGAGAAAUUUGAAAAGCAAGAGAGCUCCCUUUCACUGGAGAAGCUGAAAAUAGCUUUAGCUGACAUGGAAAAGCAACAAGAGUCUACCCAAGACCUGCUCAAGGAAAAAGAUAAUCAUAUUAAAGAACAAAACUGUAAAAUAAGUAAAAUGGAAGAAGAAUUGGAAGCUUUGCAGAGGCUCCUUGGAUUCAAGCAGAGAGAAUGUGAAGAACUGCAAAAAGAGGCUACUGCUUUUUCUCAAUGGAAAAAUGAAAAAGUUCAUCUUAUAAAUAAACUUAAGUCUGAAAAGCAAAGUAUGCUGACUCAUAUUAAUGACUUGGAGAGUUCCCUUCAAAGUCAGCAAAUCAAAAAUCAUGAGCAUAGUGAGAAACUCAGAAUGGUGGAAACUGAAAGUGACAGGAAAAGCACAGAGAUUACAGAACUUAAAGACAUACUGCAAUGUAAAAGUGCAGAAUUAGAAGAACAAAAAAAAGCUUUUGGUGAACUUCAGUGGAAAGCAGAAUGUUCUGAUAAAAAGUACUGUAAAGAGAUAGAAAAUAUGUCCUGUAAAAUAUUGCAGCUUACCAACCAAGUUGGUGAACUAGAAGAAAAGUUACAGUUGGCAGCAAGGGAAGGGCUGCAAAGGGAGCAAUGUUAUCAGGACCUGCUUGCUGAAUACGAAAAAGUAUGUUGCCUUGUAAAAGCAAAAGAUACUUCAGAAACAACAGAAGAUGGAGAAGUUAAUUUACAAAGUGGUCAGGAUGAAAUUGUUUUAGAUAAUACACAACUUGCUGCAAAUAAUUCCGUUGCUGAAGAUCAUGGAUGUGCCACAGCUCUUCUAGAAGUAGAAAAAACUGGGGAUCUUACCGUUUUACAAGAUCAGAUCUUUUCUCUUGAGAUUUCCUUAGUGGCUCAAAACCAGCUGAAUUCAAACCAGCAGCAGCAUAAAGACUUACUGCAAAUACAGGUUGAAACAGAAGAAAGAUUAUUCAAUGUAGAACAGAUGCAUGAAAGCUUCAUGACAGAAACUAAAUGGCACAUUAGUAACUUGCAAGGAGAUAUUUCAGCACAUCAGAAAUUAGUUGAAAAAACUUCAGCUGUUCUUGAGGAAAAGGACACACAACUGCAAACUCAGAAUGAAAGACUAGAAAACCAACAAACUGAGCUUCAGGAUUUAAAGACUGGUAAUAAAUCACUUGAGGAUUCAGUAAGACAGCAGAAGCUCAUGUCUGAAACAUGGGAUUCAGAGAAGAAAGAUGUGUCUUCAAUGAUUUGCUCAUAUAGCAAAAAACCUGAGGAAUUUACUGAAGAAAAUGGAACCCUUAAGAUCUUAAGCAGAGCUUUAGAGCAAGAACAAAUAACUUUAGUGGAAGCAAAUAAAAAUAUUUCUAACAGUUUAAAGGAAAGAGAAGAAAUAAUUUCUGAAAUGUCUGGAAAAUACAAGGAGGAGAGACAACAUAUUGAAUCAAGAACGGAAGAAAUCAAAACAGAGCUUAAAGUUUUGCAAGCAAAGAAUAAAUCGGUGGAAAAAGAAAAUGGAAAUAGGAUGAGCAUUCUGAGAAAGCAGACAAUUGAAUUGGAGAACGUAAAGGCUGAGCUGGAGAUACAUGAAGUUAGGUUAUCUAAGGCAGUGGACACAUUGGAUGACAUAGAAAUGACCACAAGAGAUUGUCAUGAACAACUUCUUCCAGCUGAAAAUGAACAGUGUCGUCCAAAAUCUGAGCAAGUUAAUAUUGAGAACCAUGCCUGGUUUAGAGGCUGUGAUAUUGAAAUGCUUCAGGAAAAAUGUCAGCAAUUAGAAAGGGAGAGGGAAGUUAACCUGAAAACUAUUUCUAGCUUUCAAGAGCACCUUGUUUCAGUCACAGCUGAGAGAAAGCAUAUUGGCCAAGAACUGAGUAUUUUGUCUGAAAAUAAAAAAGAACUGGAACAGAAGUAUCAGAAGCUACAAGAGAAAUUUAAAGAACUAGAGUCAACUAACGUGGAUUCCACUGAAUUCAUUAGAAAGUUAGAGGAAGAAGUGAGGACACAAACAAAUCUGCUUGAGACUGCAAAAUCUGAUGUAUAUAAAUUAUCAAAUGAAAAAGACCAUCUUCUGCAGAAGCUGCAAAGUUUAGGAGAUGAUGCCGUGUCUAUUGCUUUAGAAAAACUCCAAAAAGAAGCAGCAGAUUUGAAGAAGGAGAAAGAGCUGAUUGUAAGAGAGUUGGAAAUUAUGCAGAGUAAAUUAAGUUCAUCAGAAAUGGAAAAUUCAAAGCUUUCCAGAUCUUUGGAAGGCUUGUUAAUGGAAAAAGGUGAACUUGGUGCUAGACUCAGCUCAGCACAGAAAGAGGUAGAGCAGAUGCGAUAUGGAAUUGAAAAGCUGAAAGUAAAAAUUGAAUCAGAUGAGAAGAAAAACCACCGCGUUGCUGAAAAGCUGAAAGAGAAUGAACGGAAUGUUGACUCUCUUCUGCAUAAAAUAGAGAGGCUUGACAGAGAAUUGGAGAUGUCAGAGAAAAAUCUAGAAGAUGCAAUUAUUCAGUCAGAGACUGCUAAAGCAGAGACAGAAACAUUAGCAAUGGAGAGGGAAGAGAUGACUGAGAAGCUGAAAUGUUUUAACAUACAAAUUGAUGUCCUUGCCUCACAAAAAGAGUGUUUGGCUAAAGAUUUAAAAGAAAAGCAAGCAAGAAUCCUUGAACUAGAGUUUUUGAGUUUGACUACAGCAAAACUGUUAGAAGAAAGGGAGGAAGAAAAGUUGCAAAUCAAGAAUGAGUUUGAAAAUGCUGUGGUAUUGCUGAAAUCUGAGCUCAAAGAUAUAAGUGAGAAAUUAGAAUUGUCUUGCAAGGAGGAAGCAGAUGCUAGAGCAAAAGAGCAAGUCUUGAUUAAUCAGGUGGCUUGUCUUGAGCAAGAUAAAACAAUGCUAUUACAGGAAUGUCAGGAAAUAAAAAAUGAAAAUGUAGAAUUGUGUCGAAUGAGGGAAGUACUUGUUCAAGAAUUGAUGGAUUUUAAACAAAAACUCAAUGAAAAGGUGCAGGAAAAUGGUGCUCUUCAAAAGCUGGUGAAAGAAAUGGAGGAGCUAUCACACUUGCAACAACAGCAUGAAUAUUGGCACCAGGAAAAAAAAAGGCUGCAGAAUUUGAUUGCUGAGUUGAAGCUGAAGGAGCAACAUUCUUCUGAUAAUGAAACCUUUACGGAUAUCCUGAAUGUUCUAAAAGUGUUUUAUAAAGACCUUGAGAAGGAACUGGAAUCUGCACUUUGUGAAAAGAACAUUUUAUGUGAAAAGGUAAAUGAACCGACUGAAAGUCAUAUUGAGCUGCAAGUCAAGCUAAAUGUUACAGAACAGAAAGUUUCCAAAUUACAGGAAGAAUUUGCCACAGAAAGGAACAAGCUUGCUGAAGAAAUACAACUUCAUCAAGAACAUUCAGAAAAGAACAAAACUCAGCUGCAUCAAACUAUGUCAGAAAAAAAUGAACUGACUAAAAGUUUGGAGAUGAUCCAGAAGGAACUAGAAGAAAAAGAAAGUGAAAUGAAAAGAGAAAUGUCAGAAUACAAAGACAGACUACUUCAAGCAGAGAAAGAACAUCGGGAUGCUCUGACAGAAGCAAACCAAAAGGCUGAUAAUAUUAACAUUAUAGUACAACUGAAGAAUGAAAAUGAAUUUGCCCACAAUAGAACAGAGCUGUUGAUGAAAUCAUGUAAGAAGAUGGAACAGGAAAAGGAAAGGUUGCAGAAACAACUAGAUGAACAUGAUGAACUAUUAAAAAAGACAAAUCUAACUAUGUCGAAGAAAGAAGGUGCUGAUGAGAAUGCCAUUACAGAACAAAUGAAGUUAAAACUGGAAGAAUUACAGGAAUCUACAGAAGUGAAAACCAGAGAAGCAAAUGAGAACUUGGAGAAAUACUGCUCUGUAAUUGUUAAACAUUGUAAACUAGAGGAAGCAAAUGAGAUGCUAAAAACACAAGACAGUUUGAGUGCUCAGCUGAAACAGCUAACAAGUGAUGCCGCUAGCACUCCUUUGCUGAAUUCAGAUAACUCGUUAACAGUGAGCAAUCGGUGUGUCAAAGAGAUGAGGUCAGAUGAAGACACUACUAAGCUUUCAAGUAAAAGGCAGAGACAUGAAGACAACAGGGAAGAUAAUAGAGAACCAAGAUCCCCCGUGUCAGAGACUUCAUCCAAAAAAAAAAGGAAGAAUGAUAUCUGUCAGAAUCUGCUGGGUCAGGAAAACACAGACAAUGAGCUAGAUGGACUUCCAGAAGUAGUGGAAAAAGGGAUUGCCGAUAUCCCCACUGGAAAGGUUAGCCCUCACAGUUUACAAAGAACAACCCCAAAUCAAAGAACUGGUCUCCAUGUGACUUCCCCAAGUGAGAAAUUGUCUUUGCCCACACAAGACAUAGAGAAAUGUGGACCAAAUAAUCUUAGUGAGCACUCCUGUUUGACACCUGGUGGCAGCAAACCACAAAAGGUAAAUGAUGAACAGCAGUCCCAAGCAAUAACAGCUUUUCUGCCAAAGAAAUCUACUUCAAGGUCAUCACUUUGCACUUAUAAGCAAUCCCCAGACACUGUCUCUGAUAACAGCAGGGAAAGUUGUGUGAUACACGAAGCCGAAAAUUCUCUAAAUGAUCAAGGACUACUUGAACUAGAUGAGUCCCUAAAAUAUUGUACGGUGCAGUAAAUCUGUGUGGACUUAAUCACAGCUCGGAAUAAAUGACUAUCAAAAACCAGUUUGUGAAAUAAAUAUCAACUAUAUGGAGGGUACCAUUUUCUCUUAUCCAAUGAUUAAUGAUAUAUGGGAUCUGCGGAGCUUGUUCUUUAAUAUUUACUAAUACUAAUAGUCACUCAAACUCGUGGAAUGAUAAUGAAGGAACAGAUAUAAUUUAUCUUCUCUAGAAUUUUCUGUAAAUAGUUCUUCAUUAAUUUUUUAAAAAA